GCCAUGGCUGGCGUAUCUGUGAGAUACACGGACCACGCGAACAACGGCUCUUGCUCUGCGCAGCGUUGGAACAUGUUGCACACGCCGCAUAAACAAGCUCUCGAAUCGAGCAGCUCAACACUUUGGUUUUGGUAUUUGAGGGCCGGCAGCGUGAAAUUCACAAACAGUUGCGUGCGGAACGCGAGCGAGUCUAUAGUGGUUCUUUGAAUACGGAUUGUUUGUGGUGGAGUGUAGUAGCCAAAGAAGUAUCUGAAAUCCGAAAGCGGAUAUUGGCGAACGAAAAUUUAAGCAUAAAUAUAAAUUAAAUAAUUUUCACAAAAUUGAGCAACUUAAUUGAAAUAAGAAAAAGCAGUUCGGCAGCAGCACUCAGUGGUCGCUAGAGCAACAAACACAGCGUGAACGAAAUGAAUUGUUCAUCGAGGAAUAUCAAAAGAAUUAAAUAAAUAAAAAUAAAUUUGGGAAAUAAUUCACUCAAACGCACAACAACAUUUAUUCAACGAUUUCCCUUUCACUACGCCUACGAAAUUAAUUAGAAAAAACAACACAACAAUAAAUAAAAAAAGCAAAUCUCUUUCAAAGAAAAAUAUCAAAUCAGAAUUAAAAAUAACAAAAAUAAAGGCAUGACAAAGCCGCAUGCAUAAAUUAUAGCAAACGUUUAUUGUGUCUAUGUGUGUGUACAUUAAUGUGUGUAAGCAAAUAAAAAUUUCAACUAAAAGUGCAAAUAAACUAACUGUACAUUUAGCAAAGGCAGCGAAAGAAAAAACUCAGCGCCCAAGCAAAUGAAAGCGAGCAAAUUCACAACAACAACAACAAAAGUUAUAGUAUCCAUUUAAUAAGGCGCAUGUGAAUUUGGACGGUAUAUAAGAACGACAACAACAAUAAAAAUACGCGCACACAUAUUUAAUAAAUUUAGUGAACGUUUUUUUGUUGUUGCAAAGCGGUGGUGCAAACGGAAACUCAACGCACGUAAGCGCACCGAAGUGAUUGCCCGGUGACAACAACAACAGCAAACACAAAAACAUCGUGGUCAAAAGGACUUGUGUAGUGUGUGACAACAAAAGUGCAACAACAAUAACGUCAUUGCCACAAACAACAAAUACAGAAAAAGGCGUGCAUUAACGGUAAUAUAAAAGCAACACAAAGAGAAAAAGCAAAAUAAACGCAACUUGUGAGCAGACGACAAUAAAUGAGCGUGUGAAUGAAAAUUUGUUGCAAAAACAACGAAAAAGCACACAUUUCGGAUUAAAGCAACAACAAGGCAGACAUAUAAAUUGUUGCAAUAACAAAUUUAACACAACACAAAGAUGCAAGCGCCGCGCGGAUUAACGUCUGGCAGAUAAACAAAAGCGCGCGAGCAGAAGACAACAAGACAACACUGAAAAAGUGGAGCAAAGUGAAAAAGCACACCAGUUCAACGCUGGCGCCAACAACACGUGAAAAAUUGUGAUAAACAAACAUUUACAGUUUUUCGCUUUCAACACUUGCAGCGAAACGCGAAAGUUAAGCCAAAAGACUAUAAGCAGCAACAACAACUAGCAUAGCAAACAUACACACACACACACCCAUCCAAGAGGGCGCUAAGCGGUAAUACAUAAAAAGAAAAUCCAAAGCGAAAACUACAACCAUUGCAGCGAAAAAAAUCAUGGAGCAAUUUGCGGCACAAAUAAGGCAACAGCAACAGCAAGCAGAACAGCAGCAACAACAACAGCAAUCUAGUGAAGCACUCGCUGCGGUUGAACAGCACGAACUGCAACAACAGAACAGCACCAUUGUUGUUGUCGACGAGGACAACGACGAAUUGCCCGCCAUUGAAGCGACCAUCAUUGACAUUCCAAUGCCGGCAGCGCCAUCACUCUCCUGUCCUACAGGCACGGCACCCGCGCCAGCGCCAUCGUCCGCCCUGUCGUCGUCUUCGUCCUCCUAUGACACGGACAGCAGCACGACGAGUAGCACAUGUUGUGCGCGACACGGCGAACACAUCUACAUGGAGAAGGCACAACAACAACAGCAAAAGUCGCUGCAACAACAACAACAGCAGCAGCAGCAACACCAGCAGAAGGCGAAAUACGCUUGCAACGCGGAUGCGGAAGUGAGCUAUUUGAAGAGCGAGUACAGGCUGCACUGGCCGUUCUUCAUGCUGGCGAUCUCCAUCAUUGAGGUCGCAAUUUUCGCCUACGACUCCGCCACAGUUCCGGGCACGGAGGCCACACGCGAACUCAUUCCACACAUGCCCAUCGCCUCCGACUCGGUGUUCAUCUACCGGCCCGACCGCCGUCUGCAGGUGUGGCGCUUCCUAUCCUACAUGUUCCUGCACGCCAACUGGUUCCACCUGGGAUUCAACGUCGUCAUCCAACUCUUCUACGGCAUACCGCUGGAAGUGAUGCACGGCUCGGCGCGCAUAGGCAUUAUUUACUGUGCAGGUGUGUUCGCCGGCUCGUUAGGCACGAGCGUCGUUGACUCUGAGGUGUACUUGGUGGGCGCCAGCGGUGGCGUAUACGCAAUGCUCGCCGCACACUUGGCCAACAUUACGCUCAACUACAGGCAGAUGCGCUACGCGGUGGCGCAGUUGCUGUCGGUGCUGAUAUUUGUAUCUUGCGAUCUGGGAUAUGCAUUGUAUUCACAAUAUCUGGAUGCCGAGGGUGUGACCAAGCCCACGCACCUUGAGCACACCUGGCCCAACAUCGAUCCGCCGCCAGUCUCGUAUGUCGCACACAUGACCGGCGCUUUGGCGGGCUUCACCAUCGGUCUGUUGGUGCUGAAGAAUUUCGAGCAUCGCGCCUAUGAGAACCUCAUCUGGUGGCUGGCGCUGGGCGUCUACAGCGCCUUCACCGUCUUCGCCAUUGUCUUCAAUCUGAUCAACACGAUGACCGGACAGCUGGUGGAGGAGCGCAGCGAAGUUGUGGCACAGCAGUUGUUGUACGAUUUGGGUGUGUCGUAAAAAGUCUGUUUGCGUAGGACAGUUAAGUGAGAGAAUUUAUGCAAAAACAAUAUAAAUGCGUGAAUAUUUGAGAACGGAGUGAUAUUUCUAAAACACGAUAAAACCGCUUUCACUGCAAAGUAAGCGUAGAUGAGCAAACUAAAAUUGAAAUUGGCGCGAAUUUAGCGCUACCAAAAGAUAUUUGUUGUAUAACAUUUUUCGAAAAAUAUCCGCUUAAAAUUUCACGCAUUUCUGUUAGCCACAAUUAUUUAUUUGUUACUAUUUAACUAUAUUUUUUCGUCGUUGCUGUUCUUGUUUAAUUUAUUUUUUGACUUUAUUUAAAUAUCUUUUGCAUGGAACGCAAAUAAAACCCCAAAUCGUAUAAACAAAUGUUGUGAUAAUACCAAAGACUGAAUUAAUUUUGAAAAUGAAAAUGAUAAACACACACAAUCAUUGUGUGGCCACUCCCAUACACACACACAUACGCGUGUAAAUUCAAGUACGCUUGAACGAAAAUUAAUUUUAACAUUAAGAAUUGUAAAAAACAUUUAUUUAUUUAAUUUAAAUUUAUAUUACGUAAUUAUAUUGUAGGCAUCAAUGCACAAUCGGGUCACACAACCAAAUAGUAGAAAUGCGGUUAGAGUGCAUUCUUUGUUGUCUGUACAUAUACACCGAAAAGGUUAGAUAAGUCCUCGUUACCCCCCGCAAAACACACAUACAUAUGUAAGAGAGUGCGAAGCUAGGCGCACAAUAGUCGCCGAGUGUCGCAUUUUCACAAACUAACGCACUAGUCAACCAAAUCGAAAUAAAUAGCAAAUAAAAGAAAAAUGCAGGCGACAAUGGGCGAGCAGAAGGUCGGAAAUGAAAUGUGAGAGCAGAAAAAAGGGAAAAAUUCAUUCAAAAAAGUUUGAAAACCACACAAAUUAAAAAAAAAAAUCCGCUUUGAAUUCACUAAAAUAAUUCCAAAUAUUUUGGCUUUACUCUUGUUAGGGCCUUUCCGUGCUGUCGUUGCCGCCUACAUUGUCGAAAAAGGAAAGAAAGAGGAAGAAAAAUCAAUGCUUGUAAAGAUAUGCAUAACUGUAAAAUCGUUACUACUAUACAUAUGCUUAUACAUAAUUGAAAUAUUUGUUGCGAGAUUAUUUUUUUAGUAUAUAAUACUAUUUAAUACCAUUUUCUAUCUAGUUUAGAAUUGCGAAAUAUGUUUUUUCUUAUGGCGAACCCUAUCGUUAAGCUAAAAUUUACUUUUAAUUUAAACUCACAGUGUUUUUGCAUACAAUUUGUAUAGUUAAAAACAAAAUUUGUAAUAAAUAGAAACAUAUGUACUAGGAAUGUAAGCGCCUGUUAAUAAAACUGAAGCAGAAAGUAUAUCUAAACUAAAAAAAGAAAAGUAAUUAUUCGUAACGAACACUCACAUAUGAACCAAAGAGAAAACAAAAAAUCAGAAACUAAAGAAAGUGAAACACAAAAAACAAAAAAAUACAAUACAAUAACAACACUAAACUUCCGAGGAUUAGAGCAGAACUGCAUACCAGUGAUCUUGGCUCCCACAACAUUUUCUACAACAUUGAAAAAUAGAGAAAACAAGUGCACAAACCAAAAAAGUUUUUAAUUAUAAUUUGGCUAAUUAGUUUCGGUUUGAAAACUGCUAAAAAUUAUAUUAACAAAAACAAAGAAAAGCAUAUGAAGCAUACACUAAUUAACCGACAGCACACGCACACGCCAAUUACGUCCAGUAAAUAAAUAAACACACACACAUACACACACAACUAUUUGUAAAUGUCCAAAAAAGUAAAGUUAAAUCAAUAUUAAAUAACCGUUAAUCAAAUGUAAUUAUAAAAUUGAAAAUUCAACUACUAAAAAUCUCACUUGAUACCACCCAGACUUAGUACGUCACAGGUAUGUGUGUGUAUGUGCAUAUUUGUAAAUAUGUAUAUUGCAUGCAUGAACACCUCCACCACCAAUCCAUUGAGCCGAUGGUCAACAUUGAAACUUAUUUAUUUAUUGUCAAUAUGAAAAUGCAAUGCCAAAUAGAAAUCCCAACAAGUUACACUUGUAAUCUAAUAAAUAUAUGUAUAUGUAUGUAUUGUCCUACAAUUACAAUAACCAAAAAUAAAAAACGAAAGAAACUGUAAACAUAACUGAAAACAAAAUAUGCAUAUGUAUGGAAAAUCUCUGUAACGGUACUGUCAAAUAUUCAAAAAAAAACACACACUGAAAUUAUAUACUUAUACGAAAAUUGUAUGCAUUGAUGAAAAAAACAACAACAAUAAUGAGAAAACACAAAUCACAAAAACCAAAAUCGAAAACGAAGCCGAAAGUUAAAAAGUGAAAAGUGAAGAGAAUGCAUUUUUCAAAUACGUGUGCACACCCGUCAGCAGCAACAAAAGAAAUUAAUAAAAAAUUAAAUGUUUAAAACAAAAUUA